AUGGGCAAUUCUCGGGCAAUAUCCAACAACGCCACAGAUGCAUUAGCCCAAGACAAAAUUGUGCUCAAUGUCAAGACGGGGCUGGUGGUCCUCACCCUCAUUUGUUUCAGUUGUUUCCUCUACACCAUCAUAGUCUUACUGCACAUCUUCUUCUCUUCUCCUCAUCUCAAGGACAACGUCCGCUAUGUGUUCUUUGCCCACAUGCUUAUGAAUGAUACAGUCUACCUUGUCUCAAGUCUCUUCCUCUUCCUGGGCGCUAUAUACAAACAAUACAUUCCGGUGCCCGCCUGCUAUCUUGUGUACACAGUGGCCACCGUUACCUUUAGGGUGACUCCGUACAACCUGGCGGUCAUGUCCUUGGAGCGCUAUCUGGCUAUUUGCUUCCCUCUCAGGCAAGGGGAAUUGGUCACUAUGAGGAAAGCAGUAGCUGCCAUUGGAGGGAUGUGGACGCUUGGGCUGAUUCCAAACCUUGCUGAUUUCAUCACAUUUAGUCCUUUUAUUGGGAUGCUCCAACCUGUGGUCUGCAGCCAAGGGGCCCUCACGGUGAGGCCAGAGCAGGGCACGAUCAGAUUCUACACCUACAUCUUAACUUUUACGCUUGUGGCCCUCGUCAUUCUAUUCACCUAUGUCAAGGUUUUGCUGGUUGCCAGAAGCAUUGGUUCCAACAAAUCAUCCGCUCUAAAGGCAAGUAAAACCGUCAUGCUCCAUGCCUUCCAGCUCCUCCUCUGCAUGACCUCUCUAUUGUCAUCAAUGGUGGAUACCUAUCCAUUAAAUUAUAUUAAGUAUCUGCCCUUAUCCAGCUUCCUCCUCUUCACCUGCCUGCCCAGGUUCCUCUGCCCUCUUAUCUACGGCUUACGGGAUGAAGUGAUGAGAAAAUAUGUCAAAAAGAUGUAUUCUGCAAAGCAUUAA